UUCAAAUUGUCAAUAAAAGCAAUCAGUUCAAGAUUGUACUUCACGAGAAAGUAAAACUUGACUGCAUAAUAUGUAUUAACACUCAAUUGCAAUUGUUGAUAACUCGUAAUAAAAAUAAUAUCACAAGUUUUUUUGCGUUGUCAAGAUGAAUUUGCACUUUGCGUUCGCGUUUUUCGCAUUAAUUGUGACUAUAAAUGACUGCAGAGCUCUUGAUGGAGAGAGUAAAGACAAGGAAUUGGUACAAGCACAUGUGAUUUUUAGGCAUGGUGAACGUACUACCUAUCAAUUCUAUCCAAAUGACCCCCAUAUUAACAAAACUUUUCAUCCUAUCGGACUUGGCGGAUUAACAAACAAUGGAAAACUUGGCGAAUACAAACUUGGAAAGUUCCUGCGAAAAGAAUACAAUUCCUUGAUAGGUGAAUUAUACUCUGAUCAAGAUGUGGACGUGAGAAGUACCAAUACAAUUCGGACAAUCCAAAGUGCGCAGCUAGUCCUCGCAGGACUAUAUCCACCCGUUUCUGAACAGAUCUGGCAUCCCGAGCUGCGCUGGCAACCAAUUCCGGUUUUCAGCAAGUUAAAACCAGAAGAAGACCUUUUGCAUCCUGAGUUAUGUCCGAAAAAACUUGCUUACUAUGAUGACUUACCAAAUCAAGGCAGCAUUUAUCAAACUUUUAUUAAACCAUAUGAAAGUUUAUAUAAAUACGUCGAAGAAAAAUCUGGAAUGAAAAUACGACAUCCCCAUCAGCUUCUUGAAUUCUAUUUUGUUGUGAAUACAGAAGAAGAUCUUCAUUUAAAUCUACCUGAAUGGGUACACAAAGUCUACCCGGAUCAAAUAUACCCAGUGGCUAGUCUGACUUAUAGCUAUCAUAAUAUGGACAAUGAAAUCAAGAAAAUCAACGCGGGAUAUUUAGUGAAAAAGAUUCUAAUGGAUGCUUUUAAUAUGACUGAAGUACCGAAACAAGAAGGUGUUAAGAAAUUGUAUUUGUACUCUGGCCAUGAGAGUACUUUAGGUUAUUUACUUUUUGCACUGGAUGUCCUCAAACCGCACAUUCCUGCCUAUGGUAGUGCGAUAAUGAUUGAACUUUACAAAGAUAAACAGUCGGAAUAUUUUAUUAAAAUUAAAUACCGCAAUAGUCCUGUGGCCAAUGCAGCUCUAGAAUUCAUUCUUCCAGGAUGUAAUGGUAGGACUUUUUGUCCACUAAAAAAGUUCUUUGAUUUGCAGAAUCAUUAUCUGCCGACUCUCAGUAUUGAAGAAGCUUGCAAACUGGAUAGUCCAUAGCUACAUUACGAUUUAAUAUAACCUACAUUAUUUUUAAUAUUUAUGUUAAAAUUUAUUAGACAUCUAGAAUGUAGUCAUAAUUUUAGGUAGAACUGACAAUAACUGCAAUUAAAUUAUCUUUUAGAUUUAGUUUGUUUUAGAUUUACGAAAAGAUUUAUGUAAAUUAUUUUUAAACUGUCACAAUUUCCAAGCGAAUAAAGCACCUGUUAUCAUUUCAAAA